UUAAGAAAAUUAGGUAAAUUUCCAAAAAGUUCAAUUCCUGAAUUUGCAGCGAAACAAAAAAGACCAAUGCUCAUAAUGUGAAUUUGGGCUGAAUGCUAGGGCUACGGGAGAGGCGUCCAAAGUAAAGUGAGGAAGUUGAAAUCUCCGGUAAAUAUUGUAGUAAAAAACAACGAAAAUCAGGCAAGUCGAGAUUAGAGAUUGAAGCAAUUCCAUGGAGCCUCUCUCUUACGGCUAUUCCAGACGGGAGAGUAACGAAUCGAAAUAAGGAAGAGAUGGUUUCUGCAGCUGAGGAUAUUGUUGAUGCAAUGAUAAAGCGAGACAUUGAGCCUGAUGUUGUUACCUAUAAUGCAUUAAUCAAUGGCCAUUGCUUGCUGAAGGAAAUGGAUAAAGCUAGAAGAGUUUUUAACUUGAUGAUUGAGAAGGGUUGUGCACCUAAUAUAGUUACUUGCAGCAGUCUUAUGCAAAGUCAUAUCAAAGAGGCAUUGAAACUUUUUCAAGCAAUGCGAAACAGUGGGUUGGUACUUGAUAUUGUCCCAUAUACUAUCCUAAUUGAUGGGUUGUGUAAAGCUGGGCAUAUCGCACUUGCCAAGGAAUUAUUUCAUCAACUCUCAAACAAUGGUUUAAAACCGAAUGUUUACACAUAUUGUAUAAUGAUUAAUGGACUGUGUAAAGAGGGAUUGCCAGAGGAAGCAUAUAAGAUGUUUGGGAGCAUGGGAGAUAAUGGUAGUUUGCCUAAUAGCUGCUGUUAUAAUGUAAUGAUACGGGGGUUCCUUUUAAACGGCUAUAUCUUAAAGGCAACACAACUUCUUACGGAAAUGGUUGGUAAGGGCUUUUCUGUCGAUAUAUUCACUGCCAUCUUAUUUAUGGAUCUCAUUGUGCACUCUAAUAAAUCAAUCUUGCUCUGAAAUGUUUCACAAAUUGUGUAAAGAUCAUCACUUGCAAUGUGAAUCAGUUUGUACAUAACCAUUGCACAGUGAUAAAAGAAUUUGGAAACUAGAAUGAGUUUUAGUGUCUAUUUUCAAUUUUGUUGAUUUUGUUCUAACUUGUGUGGUAAGUGAGAAUCUUUUUAGCGGGUAAUUUUAAGAAAUUAGGGGAAAACCAACAUUAAAUGAUUUCUGGAAAA